AAAAGCCACAUCUUUUAUUUCAUUAUCCACUCAUUCACUCAUUACUAGCAAAAAUUCAUGAUAACACAUUGCUGAAUAAUCCAAAAUUAGGAUUAUCACAACAAUGGCAUCAACAUCUCUUGUACUUCCACUCAGUUCAGCCUUUUCUAUAAAUUUGUUCAAGAAUCAUCAUCAAAGAAUCAGAAAACCCCAAACUGGAAAUGGGGUUACUAGGGAAUUUGGUUUAAGAUUGUGGGCACAAGAGAAUUUGAUGGGUACUGUUGAAGAAGCUGAAAGGUACAAUACAACUAAGCGCAGAGAUUUGGUAAUGGGGUUGGGGUUCUGUGGGGUUACAAGUUUUUUGGUGGGUUCUUGUUAUGCUGAGGCAGCUGGAUUGCCACCAGAGGAAAAACCAAAACUUUGUGAUGCUACAUGUGAGAAAGAGCUUGAAAAUGUUCCUAUGGUAACAACCGAAUCAGGUUUGCAGUAUAAGGACAUCAAAGUUGGUCGAGGCCCUAGUCCCCCUGUUGGUUUCCAGGUGGCUGCAAAUUAUGUUGCCAUGGUUCCCUCGGGACAAAUUUUUGACAGCUCCCUGGAGAAAGGUCGACCUUACAUUUUCCGUGUAGGUGCUGACCAGGUAAUCAAAGGACUUGAUGAAGGGAUUCUGAGCAUGAAAGUUGGAGGACUACGUCGACUCUAUGUACCUGGAUCUUUGGCGUUUCCAAAAGGUCUGAUAUCGGCUCCUGGAAGGCCAAGAGUGGCUCCUAACAGCCCACUGGUAUUCGACGUGAGUUUGGAGUUCAUACCAGGCCUUGAAUCCGACGAAGAGUGAUCAUUUUUCUUGUAUUGUUUUCCCCUUGGCAUGUCUCUAUAAAGCUAAGGAAAGGCUUAUUUUCUUUGCUGUAUACACUCCAGUUUUGCUUCUGUAUUUUAGUUCUUGUAGUGCUCAUAAAGUAUAUAUGUACAUGAAUAUAGACAUGACAAAGAAAUGUUAAAGAAUAUCCUGAAGAGAAGCCUUGACGUAAUUAGUAAA